AUGUCUUUUGUCUUGCACUACUCCAAGUCUUGGAGAUGGUUCCUCCCCUCAAGGCCUCGUCACGGUCGACUUUAUCAUGAUUAUGUCCGGUUCUCUACACAGGGUGGAGUCGGUCGCAUCCCCUUGCACUCUCCCAAUAUCACAGGCGUAGCAUCUUCUCGCGGCAACAGAAGUCACCAGGCGGACUAUCAUGCCUUGGCUGCCCUUUGUUUGGAUGUCGACGGACUUCGUUCGAGUAUACAGAAGACUCUGAAUUUCGACUGGGUACCCGAGAAUCCCAAAGAUCGCGUGGCCCGUCAAGUGGUGUUCGUUGGUCUUUAUGAUGGACAUGGUGGUUCAACGGUAUCCCAGUUUCUGCGCCAGGAACUACACGGCCUCUUUGAGUCUGUCGACAAAUCCCACAUCCCUGAACUGUUCCUGUGGAUCAAGCAUCAAGGCGGUUACUUUAAGAGGUUCACUGGUGGCGUUCUCGCUCCCUGGAUACACCAUGCCGGGGACUCUCCACCGUUGGAUCUGGAGGCUCGUGCCACACAAGCCUUCUUCGAAGUCGACAAACUUCUGUCCAUCGAAAGUCAGGCCAAAGUAUGUGGUGCCACGGCAUCUGUUGCCAUCCUUCAUUCUAUAGACAAUCCUGCACGUCCUUUUUUCUCCUCCCGCAAGCUCGCCCUUACCGUGGCGCACUGUGGUGAUGCCCGUGUUUUGCUGUGUUCAACAGACGGAGGUUUCGUUUAUCCAAUGACGGAAGAUCAUCAUCCCGAUACCCCAGUCGAGGCUACACGCCUCCGACGUGUGAUGGGCUCAGCACUCAUCACUGACUCGUUCGGGGAGUCUCGUUGGAUGGGUGCCCUCGCUAAUACAAGAGCGAUUGGUGAUCUCAGAUACAAACCGUACGGUGUAACCCCCGAACCUGAAGUGCGUGCCAAACUUCUAGAAGGCAAGGAUUGGGCGUACAUGGUUAUGGUUUCAGACGGCAUAUCAUCCAUCCUCUCAGACGAUGAGAUUGUCGACCUAGCUCGAGAAGCGCCGACGCCAAAGGCAGCUGCGGACCGAAUACUUGCGUUUUCUCAGGAAUUGGGAGGUGAAGAUAAUGCCACCGCUAUCGUCGUUCCUCUCGUAGGGUGGGGUGAGAUCCGCGGACCUGACAGAACUCUGGCAUUGCGGGAGUUCCGUCGGCAGCAAUCAGUCGGAAGCGAACGACAAAGGAGGAUGUAG